UCCUUUCUUGCCGGUCGAUCGCAAUCGUACGCUCCUCAUGUGGAUCUUUGGCUAUGGCUCCAUUGUCUGGAAGACGGACUUUCCGGUCGAAGACACCAUGUUUGGCUAUGUCGAUGGCUGGCACCGGCGCUUCUGGCAGGGCAGUCCCGACCAUCGGGGCGUGCCCGGCGCGCUUGGCCGCGUCGUGACGCUCAUCAAGGACGCCGACAUGGCGCCGUUCGCAUCGCUGGACCGCCACGCAUCGCGUUGCGCGCCGACGUGGGGGCGCAUCUACAAGGUGCCCGCGGACGAAGUGCCCGAGAUCCUCGCCCAGCUCGACCACCGGGAAAAGGCAGGCUACGAUCGCGCCGAAGUCGACGUGCACUGCACGGACGGCGUGGUACGCUCGGCGCUAGUCUUUAUUGCGACGCCCGACAACUCGGACUUUCUCGGGCCGGCGCCGCUGGAUAUCAUGGCCCACGAGAUCCGUACGCGCGUCGGGCCCAGCGGCCCAAACUUGGAGUAUUUUGAAAAGCUCUGCCAAUGCAUGCGCGACAUCCACGUUGAGGACCCGCACUUGCUCGACCUCGAAGCCGCCAUCGCGCAGCAAGCUAAAGCGACAUGAUAACACAGAA